AUGGACCUGUGGGGAAGCGGUAAUGGUUCAUCUUCUGACAGUAGUUAUUGCGCUCCCGGCUCCCUCAUACGUCUACGAAAAAUUUUCUCACUUUUUUUGCUUUCUUGGGUUUAGUCUGAGCUCCCAGGGAGGUUCAUGGGAAGCACUGCAUUGGGUGUUGGCGAAGAGCUGUCAUACUAGGAUGGUGCUAAAAUUCAAAUAUAAUAUCCAAACCAA